AGGGAGAAAGAAAGGGUGAGUGAGAGAUGGUCGUGCCACGUGGGGCAGUGUCUGGCGUACCGUCUUGGCAUCAUUCCAAACAAAAUUCCCCCAUUUUCCCUCUUUGCCUAUGGCGUUGGCGCUCCUCCUUCUGCAUCCUCAUCAAUUCUUUUUCCCCUAAUUUUUGUUCUUUUUUUUUUCUCUCUCUCUCUAGAUCAAUUCCAUAUUAGCGUUAUUCUUCCUUUUUGAUAAAAAAACUAGCUUCACCCAAUCAAUCAGAGAGAUAAAACUGAAAAAGGUUUCAAUUUAUUUUUGACAAUCCCCAUUUUCCAGAUACUUCUUUUUAGUUUUGGAUUUAUUUCAUUUCUGACUAAAGCUGAUUUGGGUUUCUAUUUUGAAUCUGGAAACUGCUAAAUUUGGAAGCUUUGCUGGGUUUUGUUUCUGCUGUUGUUGAUGAAUUUAGUCGAGUGGUAGCCUUUUUGUUUGCUUAGGUGGAUUGAAUUUAGGUUUUUCUUUCUUUGGCUUUCUGGGUGUUUGAGAAUGUGAGUGAUUUGAUGAUUUCUGUUACUCUUUUUGAGUUACCAGAUGGAGAAUCAAUCUGUUCCUGGUGUUAAAAUUUGUUAACUUGUAUAUCAGUUUCCAUUUUGGAUAGAGUUUUCUACCCUGUUGAAUUACAUGUUGUAAGCUGGAAACCCUCCCAUGUGUAAUAAAGGAAUAGUUGAUCAUCAACAGCAGCAUAAUAACCAAGCUUUGUAUUUGAUGGAUUCACCUUCAUCAUCCCCGGCAUCUGCCCCGUCUUCUUUCUCCCCUAGUUCCAAUGAUGAAACCUCGCGGGUAAAAUUCUUGUGUAGCUUCUUAGGUAGCAUUUUGCCUCGACCCCAAGAUGGAAAGUUGAGAUAUGUUGGUGGAGAGACGCGGAUUUUGAGCGUACCGAGAGAUAUUAGUUAUGAGGAGUUGAUGAGUAAGAUGAGGGAGCUUUAUGAUGGAGCAGCUGUUUUGAAAUACCAGCAGCCAGAUGAGGAUCUUGAUGCUUUAGUGUCAGUUGUGAAUGAUGAUGACGUGACUAACAUGAUGGAAGAGUACGAGAAAUUGGGUUCGGGCGAUGGGUUCACUAGGCUUAGGAUUUUUUUGUUUUCGCAUCCUGACCAAGAUGGUUCAUCACACUAUGUUGAUGGGGAUGAGAGGGAGACUGAGAGGAGGUAUGUGGACGCUUUGAACAGUUUAAAUGAGGGUUCUGAUUUUAGGAAGUGUGACUCUCCUGUGAUGGCUCCAGUUUUUGAUGAUAUUCAUUUAGCAGAACAAUUCUUUAACAGUAUGAGUAUUGAUGGUGGCCUUCAUAGCCAGAGGAGUGGUGAGAUGUAUAGGCCAUCAUAUAACUUGCAACAUCUUCAUAUGGGGUCUGGGCAAAUCCAGCAACCAGUUCCUCAGAGGUACAACGAAAUUGAGGGUCCAUGGAGUCCUGCUUACUAUUCUCCUAGGCACCAUGAUCCGAGAACGCUAUCAGAGUUUCCACCUUCUCCAUCUUCUGCUCGUUACCGAGUACCAUUUGCAGAAUUACCAGACAAAUGCUUGGAUAGAAUGCCUGAAGAAUAUGUGCGGCAGCAAUUAAAUCAUCAUCCCCAAUACGAACAUCAGACACAAUUUUCAGAUAAUGUAGUAUGGAUGCCAACCGGAGCUAUUUCUGGUGAUAAGGCUGGUGGUUUUCCUGGUAACAUACUUCAUGGCCAUGGUGUUUAUGAUGGGAACCACAUCUGCGAGCACUGCAUGGCUACUUUCAGUAGAAAUCAACCGCCAUAUUUGGAGCAUCCCAACAUGGGAAAUGGAGUUCCUCAGGUUAAUUAUCCAUGUGCCGAUUGCCCCCCAAACCGGGAAGCAUUCAUGCUGAAUGCAGAUGGAAAAUUGCAUCACGGGUUUUAUUCCAGAGAUCAAACUGAUCCCCAUUCUGCCUAUGGUGAAAGUCAUGAAAGAGGAUGGGUUUUGCAGCACCAGUUGAACCCUCGUGUUGACGAAGUGAGAAAUCAUGUACCUGGAGCUGGUAGAUUGAAUUGUCACUAUGUUGUAGAUGGUGCCUGCAUGAAUUUACCUCUUGGGCAUGCUAGCUUAGCUGAUGGCCAUCAUCUAUCCUCAAAUUAUGUUCAUCACCGUGCUGGAUCUGAAUUGGGGAAUGAAGUGUUUCACGAUCAAGCUGUAGUUGGUUCACCCCAUCUGCACAUUCCUCCUGAAGAACGUGGAGUCCGGUAUGGAAAUUAUCCUUACCCAUAUGGAGGAGAUAAUGUUUACCAAGCGCCACAUGGACAUGUACAUGCGCAGUCUUUAUGGAGAAACAUUCAGAACCCAAUUCAUGGUGCUCCUGCUUAUGAAGCAUCUGGCGUACCCCAGCAAGUAAACGAUGCAGUUAACUCAGCAUUUUUGAAGGGUCCGGGAGAAGGUAGUGCAAGGCUUUGUGUUACAACAGAUAAUCAAAAUCCUUGGGUUGAGUCUUCACAAAAGAUGCUGGGAUUUGAUGGGAUUGCUGUUCCAGACAAUGCUUAUGCCCAUCCUCUCAAGGUGAAUGUUGGUCUUCAUGUUAAUGAAACUCAACACUCUGCAGUUCCAGAUAAUGCUUAUGCCCAUCCUCUUAAGGUGAAUGUUGGUCUUCAUGGUAAUGAAACUCAACACUCUGCAGUUCCAGAUAAUGCUUAUGCCCAUCCUCUUAAGGUGAAUGUUGCUCCAACUGGUCAGGAAACUCAACACUCUGUCACUAUAGAAUCAGUUAAAUCCCCUCAAGACAUACUACAUUUUGCCACUUCCAUAGAACCUAUGCAGUUGCCAGAUCAACCUUCAACUUUAAUUCAUGAUAAAUCUGCUUCUGGUAACAAUUCAAAAUCACGAGAUAAUUCUAAUGCCACUGGAGCAUUGAGGAUUGAGGAGAAAAUUGCUCCCAUGGAAGAUAAAGAAGCAAAUCAUGUGGUGAAGAUGGAAAAAUCUGAUGUUCCAAGCAUGAGUGGCCCAGAGCAAAACAAAAUUACUGAAAAUGAAUCUCAACUAGCAUCCCUUGAGUCUGGCAUUUCAAAUUGCUUAAAACUUUCUGAAAAAGGUGGUGAGCAGGCAAAACCUGGUGAAAAAGAUCCUAGUUUUGCUGAAAAUUCAAAGCUAUCUGUAAACCGUUUGAGUUUCAUACCAGAGUUUGUUGCUUCAGUUAAAAAAGCAGCUUUAGAAGAGGUAGAAGAAGUGAAAGCCAAAGUUGAAGAUGGUGCCUCUGUGAAGCAUGAUGCAGUUGAAAAAGAAGCGCUUGCAAAUGAAUCUGAAUCAGUGAAUGGCCAUUGCGAGUUGGAAUUGGAUUUUGAUAAUGGCAAAAUAACCCCUUCCGAAAUUGAGCCAACAAAGGCUGAGGCAGAAGCUUUUGCAAGAGGCUUACAGACAAUAAAAAACGAUGAUUUAGAGGAGAUCCGAGAAUUAGGCUCUGGAACAUAUGGGGCAGUUUAUCAUGCCAAAUGGAAAGGUUCUGAUGUAGCAAUCAAGAGAAUUAAAGCCAGCUGCUUUGCAGGGAGGCCUUCUGAAAGAGAACGUUUGAUUGCGGAUUUCUGGAAAGAAGCUUUGAUAUUGAGUUCAUUACAUCAUCCAAAUGUUGUUUCUUUCUAUGGUAUAGUUCGUGAUGGUCCUGAUGGAUCCUUAGCUACUGUUACGGAAUUCAUGGUUAAUGGAUCUUUGAAGCAGUUUUUACGGAAGAAGGACAGGACAAUUGAUCGUCGUAAGAGACUCAUCAUAGCCAUGGAUGCUGCAUUUGGAAUGGAGUAUUUACAUGGAAAGAACAUUGUACAUUUUGAUUUGAAAUGUGAAAAUCUGUUGGUAAAUAUGAGAGAUCCCCAGCGUCCAGUAUGCAAGAUUGGCGAUUUGGGUUUGUCGAAGGUCAGACAACAUACUUUAGUUUCAGGAGGUGUUCGUGGAACUCUACCCUGGAUGGCACCUGAGCUCUUGAGUGGUAAAAGCAACAUGGUAUCUGAAAAGAUUGAUGUGUACUCUUUUGGGAUUGUUAUGUGGGAGUUACUCACUGGUGAAGAACCUUAUGCAGAUAUCCAUUGUGCUUCUAUAAUUGGGGGAAUUGUAAACAGCAACUUACGUCCAAAAGUACCAACGUGGUGUGAUCCUGAAUGGAAGGCUUUGAUGGAAAAUUGUUGGACCUCUGAUCCUGCAGAGAGACCUUCAUUUUCUGAAAUAUCUCAGAAGCUUAGAAACAUGGCUGCUGCAAUAAAUGUAAAAUAAAGUAAAUCCUGAAGCGAGGAUUUAACUUUCUCCCCAUCAUACUGGAAAAAGAAAAAUAAGAGGCCGAGUUACUGCAGUUUAAGGUCAUCUACUGGUUAGGCUGAUAAUACACUACUAUGCCUUGGUUCUUCUCUAAUGGAUCUCUUAUAGCAUUGCCAUGGGUUCUUGCAAAAGCGAAAAUCUAUACACUCUGGGCUGAAUUAUACUCAGAGAGACUAUAUAAUAUGCAAAGGAGAGCCAUGAAAGUUCCAUUUGGAUGUUUCAACUUCCCCCCUCAGGACUGUUGCUAUUUUGAAUGCGAUCAAGAUGGUGGUACCAUGGCUGAAUGUAUCUAUCAUUUGAGGUGUGACUGUUUUUUCUUUUUGUAAGUUCUGUAUACAAGUUUAUGGUACUGAACAAUGUAUAGCACUUACGAGCCAAAGAUGAAUAAGGAGUCAAAUUUGCUAUUAAUCACUUUACCCCUGUUAUUAUUAUUAUUAGACCAAGAGUUCAUAUUUAUAUGGUGUAAAUUGGGUUUUCAGAUGUAUAUGAUUAUUUUAAAAGGGUCGUCCUGUUCAAUACUGAUUGUGGCUGUGUGAAGCUUGAAUGGUUCAAUGCAGGCUGUCUCCAUUAGUAUUAAACUUAUUUGAGAACUUAAAAACACUAUUCCAUAUGAAAUAUCAAAAUGUUUGCACUGUACAAAUUAAUGUAACAUUGAAGUUUGUUUGUUU